UAGGCCUUCCCGUGUUCUGGACGGUAUAGCCGAUCUUUGUUUUAUGCUAUCUGCUAGCUAUAGUUAUGGUUGCGAAGGUUGUGGUGUUUGUGUUGAGUGCAGCCAUCGUCGUCAGCUCCGGUGUUGCUCAGGAUGUCGUUCCCCUUGUCCUCUGGCAUGGGAUAGGAGGUAGCUGCUGUGACCCACAUCAUCUCGGUCAGCUGAUAGCCUUGAUUGAGAAGGAGGUUCCCGGGAUCUACAUUCACUCCAUCAGUUUUGGGAAGAACCCUACCGAGGACGUGUUCUUUAGUUUCUAUGGGCUGCUCAGCGAUCAGGUCUCUCAAGUCUGCGAUGCUCUGGCAAACGACACAAGGCUGGCCAACGGAUUCAAUGCAAUGGGCUUUGGCCAGGGUGGACUUUUCCUGAGAGCGCUGGUGCAGAGAUGUGGGAAGGUCAGGGUCCGCAACCUCAUUUCAGUGGGUGGACCCCAGCAGGGCUCGUACGGUCUCCCCUACUGCCCUGGUAACAAUGCCAGUCUGUGUCGGGUGGUUCACCACACCGUGAUGAAACAUGGAGUGUACACUCCCGGGGUCCAGAAACUAAUAACGGUAGCUCAGUACUGGCAAGAUCCUAAGUAUGAGGAGAAAUACGAGAAAGACUGCAUCUUCUUACCUGACCUCAACCAAAUGAAUGUUACAAAUCCUGUUUACAAGGAGAGAAUUGUGACUCUUACCAAUUUUGUAUUGGUAAAGUUGGAGUUGGACAGGGUUGUAAAUCCUACAGAGAGUGAGGUAUAUAUAGAGAAGGAGGGAGAGCAGAAAAGAGCAAAAAGUGUUGAAAGCUCUCUAACUUCCUUCUCCCCUAUAAUACACCCUCAUUUUUCGUAGUGGUUUGGAUUCUACAAGCCGGGUCAGAGAAAGACAUUUACACUCUUGAAGAGAGCGACAUAUGGAAAAAGGAUCUGUUAGGUCUCCGAGGGCUCAACUCAACUGGCCGACUCCAUUUCAUAUCUGCUCCGUAUGGCUAUCUCAAUUUCACUGUGAACUGGUUCAAUGCCAACCUCCUCCACUACAUCAAUGGAACCAUGAAGACACAGAUUCAACAGAACUGAGCUCUCUCCAUUCCCCAGAAUUUCAGUUAGCGCAAUAAUAGCACACUUGUGUUAUUGGGUUGAAAUAUUAUGUACAAAAUGUGAUAAUAUACCUUUUCCUGGGACAGCAAGUUUUCAUUUCUGUUUUACGCCACAACUCACGUG